UCUUGGCACGCUGCAUUCUGCAGACAGAGGGAGUGAUGGCGCUUAAACUUCCCGCUCACCAAUUCUCAGCCUUUUCUCACCCGAAAACAAAUUCAUAUCGUUCCCUAUUCCCUCCGACGACGAUUGUCCGAGCUACAGCAGCUGCGGAGACGAGCACCAAGAGAAAAGGGCGGAAGAAGAAGGAUGCUGCAGCGAAGGAGGAUAGCGUGUCGGCCGCUGCCGAUGAGCGUCGUCUAAGGUUCGUGUUCAUGGAAGAGUUGAUGCAGCGAGCUCGGGAAGGCGACACGGCGGGGACGAAUGCCAUCAUCUAUGAUAUGAUCGCGGCGGGGUUGUCCCCCGGGCCGCAUUCAUUCCACGGGCUCGUUGUUGCUCAGGUGCUAUCUGGGGAUGAAUACGGAGCGAUGCAGUCAUUGAGAAGGGAGUUGAGUGCUGGGAUUCGUCCUUUACAUCAAACAUUUGUUGCCUUAAUACGCUUAUUUGCUUCAAGAGGUCAUGCUGUUAGGGGUCAGGAAAUCCUUGCUGCUAUGGAGAAGUUGAACUUCGACAUUCGUCAGCCAUGGAUAAUUCUUGUGGAGGAGCUAGUAAGGAAUGGUUUUCUUGAAGAUGCCAACAAAGUCUUUCUAAAGGGUGCUGAAGGAGGUUUAAGGGCCACAGAUGAAUUAUAUGACCUCUUAAUUCAAGAGGAUUGUAAAGCUGGAGACCAUUCCAAUGCUUUGACUAUCGCCUAUGAAAUGGAAGCUGCAGGAAGGAUGGCUACUACAUUUCAUUUCAAUUGUCUCCUCAGUGUACAGGCAAACUGUGGCAUUCCCGAAAUAGCAUUUUCAACAUUUGAAAACAUGGAAUAUGGUGAAGACUUCAUGAAGCCGGAUACAGAGACUUACAAUUUGGUGAUUCAAGCAUAUACAAGAGCUGAAUCCUAUGACAGGGUUCAGGAUGUGGCCGAGCUUCUAGGAAUGAUGGUUGAAGACCAUAAACGUUUGCAGCCAAAUGUGAGGACAUAUGCGAUCUUGGUAGAGUGUUUUACCAAGUAUUGUGUCAUAAAAGAAGCUAUUAGGCAUUUUCAUGCUCUGAAGACAUUUCCUGGAGGCACAAAAGUUUUGUACAAUGAAGGGAACUUUGGUGAUCCACUUUCUCUUCUCCUGCGAGCUCUGUGUAGGGAAGGAAGGAUUGUGGAGCUGCUUGAAGCUUUGGAAGCAAUGGUGAGGGAUGAGCAACCCAUUCCACCUAGAGCAAUGAUUUUGAACCGAAAGUAUCGUACUCUAGUGAGUUCCUGGAUUGAGCCUUUAAAUGAAGAAGCUGAACUGGGAUUUGAAAUUGAUUACAUUGCAAGGUAUAUAGAAGAAGGGGGUCUAACAGGUGACCGCAAGCGUUGGGUACCACGCCGGGGGAAAACACCUUUGGAUCCAGAUGCUAUUGGUUUUAUUUAUUCAAGUCCAAUUGAAAUCUCUUUUAAGCAACGUUGUCUGGAGGAUUGGAAGACAUACCACCGCAAAAUUUUGAAGAAAUUGAGGUUUGAAGGAGGUGCAGCAUUUGGCAGUGAUGUUUCUGAGUCAGAUGUGUUAAGAGUGGAAGAAAGGCUAAAGAAAAUCAUCAAGGGUCCGGAUCAAAAUGCUCUGAAGCCAAAGGCUGCUAGCAAGAUGAUUGUCUCAGAGUUGAGGGAAGAACUAGAAGCACAAGGUUUGCCUACAGAUGGUACUAGACAAGUGCUCUAUCAACGAGUGCAGAAAGCAAGGAGAAUAAAUCGAUCCCGUGGCCGGCCUCUGUGGGUACCUCCAGUUGAGGAGGAAGAGGAAGAGGUUGACGAAGAGGUGGAUGAACUAAUUUCACGAAUCAAAUUGGAAGAAGGCAACACGGAGUUCUGGAAGAGGCGUUUCCUCGGAGAAGGAUUGGACCAUAUUUAUGGUAAACAGAGCACCGUGGUGGAUUCAGAUUCAUCAGAUAUUUUAGAUGAUCUUGAUGCUGCAGAAGACGGCACAAAAGAGGUGGAGGAUGAUGAAGUGGAGGAAGAAGAGGAAGAACCACCUGAAAGCCAAUUAGUAGAUAGGGUCAAGGACAAGGAAGUGGAAGCAAAGAAGCCUCCAGAAAUGAUUGGAGUCCAACUUUUGAAGGAUUCCGAUCAAACACCUGUAGCAACAAACAAAGCUGUCGAAAAGAAGUCCCAAGUACCUGCACAGGACUCUGAUGAUGAGGACUGGUUUCCCUUGGAUCUACAUGAUGCGUUCAAGAUGAUGAGAGAGAGAAAGGUUUUUGAUGUGACAGACAUGUAUACAAUUGCUGAUGCAUGGGGCUGGACUUGGGAGAAGGAACUCAAAGCAAAAGUUCCUGAAAAAUGGUCUCAAGAACGAGAAGUUGACUUGGCUAUCAAGAUAAUGUCAAAGGUCAUUGAAUUGGGGGGAAGACCGACCAUUGGAGAUUGUGCCAUGAUAUUAAGAUCUGCAAUACGAGCUCCCCUUCCAUCCACUUUCCUAACAAUCUUGCAAACGACUCAUGGUCUUGGAUACGUCUUUGGGAGGCCAUUGUACGAUGAAGUUAUUACUUUGUGUCUUGAUCUUGGGGAACUUGAUUUAACCGUUGCUAUCGUGGCUGAACUGGAAACUGCUGGAAUCAAAGUUCCUGAUGAGACUCUCGACAGCGUGCUUGCUGCCCAACAGAUUGAGCCUGUGGGAAACGCAGAGGAGUCUGACAAUCUCUCGUAAAAGACCUAACAGUUUUGGCAACUAGAAAACUCGAGCUCUUACAAGUUUCUUCAGAAUGGAGGCAUCGGUGCAGCUAAAUAUACCUGCGCAAGAAGCAGGUAUCCUAACUUAUCUUGUAUGGCUCCUCUAAGCUUGUGCAAAAUUCUAAAUUAUUUUUGAACGUGUGAAAGAAGCUCCACAUUAGAUCAAAAUUGUGAAUAGCCACCGAUUCUGGAGAAUCAGUUGUUCUUUCUUUGCUUGAAUAUGGAAGGUCUGCAUUUAGGUUCUCCUGGAGACGAGGGACGGCCACCAUUUAGCUAGAACAUAUGUGAGAGAUGAUCACAUGUAUGGACCUACGUUCUAGUUCAUGUUAAAGGCCAUUAACUUCAGAUUUUCUGGUAUAAGCAUCUACUAGCAUGAAAGUAUGGUGGUCUUAUAUCACGCACAUCGAUGAGGUACUUUGUAUUUUUUCACUAAUUUGUGUUUCUUUGGGCCUAUAAAUCUGAUAUAUUUUUGCCCCCCGAA